UCGGGCCCGUUGUCUGGGCGUCUUAGAGUGGGGGCCCGGUGCCGGCCGGGCUUCCUUGAGUGCGGGGCUCCCAGGGGCGGCGGCGGAGCUUGGACAUGGCGCUGAGGGGCCGCUCCAGGGGAAGAUGAAUAAAGGCUGGUUAGAGCUGGAGAGUGACCCAGGCCUUUUCACCCUGUUGGUAGAAGAUUUUGGUGUUAAAGGGGUACAAGUUGAAGAGAUUUAUGAUCUUCAGAGCAAAUGCCAGGGUCCAGUAUAUGGUUUCAUCUUCCUCUUCAAAUGGAUCGAAGAACGCAGGUCCCGGCGCAAGGUCUCUACCCUUGUGGACGAGACUUCUGUGAUCGAUGAUGACAUUGUGAAUAACAUGUUCUUCGCCCAUCAGCUGAUUCCCAACUCCUGUGCCACUCAUGCCUUAUUGAGUGUCCUUUUGAACUGUAGCAAUGUGGACCUGGGCCCAACACUGAGCCGCAUGAAGGAUUUCACCAAGGGUUUUAGCCCAGAGAGCAAGGGAUAUGCCAUUGGGAAUGCUCCAGAGCUGGCCAAAGCACACAACAGCCAUGCCAGACCUGAGCCACGACACCUGCCAGAGAAGCAGAAUGGGAUCAGUGCUGUUAGAACAAUGGAGGCAUUCCACUUUGUCAGCUAUGUCCCCAUCAAGGGACGUCUCUUUGAGCUAGACGGGCUGAAAGUGUAUCCCAUCGACCACGGGCCCUGGGGGGAAGAUGAAGAGUGGACAGAUAAAGCCCGCCGAGUCAUCAUGGAACGAAUUGGCCUAGCCACAGCAGGGGAGCCAUAUCAUGACAUCCGAUUUAACCUGAUGGCGGUAGUGCCCGACCGCAGGAUCAAGUAUGAAUCUAAGCUGCACGUCCUGAAGAUGAACCGACAGACAGUGUUGGAGGCCUUACAGCAGCUGAUCCGAGUGACUCAGCCAGAACUGAUUCAAACCCAGAAGUCCCAAGAGUCUCAGCCUCCUGAGGACUCCAAGCCAGCCUCCUGCAAGCCCUCUCUGGUGCUUGAAACAAGCAAGACCCCACUGGCCUCUGAGGCUUCUCAAACAGAUGGACCUGAAGAGGUGGCAGGGCCUUGUCAGCCAGCCCCCACACAUAGUCCACCCAGCAAACCCAAACUCAUGGUGAAGCCUCCAGUUAGCAGCCUCAAUGGGGUCCCAGCAAACCCCAGUCCCAUCGUUCAGCGGCUCCCAGCUUUCUUGGAUAACCACAAUUAUGCUAAAUCUCCCAUGCAAGAAGAAGAGGACCUGGCAGCAGGUGUAGGCCGUAGCCGUGUCCCAGUUCGCCCACCACAGCAGUACUCGGAUGAUGAAGAUGACUAUGAUGAUGAGGAGGAGGAAGAUGUUCGGAACACAAAUUCUGCCAUCAGGUACAAGCGAAAAGGGCAAGUUAAGCAGGAGCCCUUGCCUGCCUCUUCUGAUGGUCAGCUCUGCGUCCUGCAGCCCAACACCAUUAAUGUGCUGGCCGAGAAGCUUAAGGAAUCCCAGAAAGACCUCUCAAUUCCUUUGUCCAUCAAGACUAGUGGUGGUGCUGGAAGCCCAGCUGUAGCUGCGCCCUCUCACUCUCAACCUUCACCCACUCCCAGCAAUGAGAGCACUGACACAGCUUCUGAGAUUGGGAGCGCCUUCAACUCUCCGCUUCGGUCCCCCAUCCGCUCUGCCAAUCCCACCCGCCCGUCCAGCCCUGUCACUUCCCACAUCUCCAAGGUGCUUUUUGGGGAGGACGAUGGGUUGUUGCGAGUGGACUGCAUGCGCUACAACCGGGCUGUACGAGACUUGGGGCCUGUCAUCAGCAUAGGUCUUCUGCAUCUCUCUGAGGAUGGGGUUCUGUGCCCUCUCACCAUUGCAGAAGGUGGGAAAGGUUCCUCACCGCCUGUCAGACAGAGCCAGAUCACCCAGAUCAGUGUCACCCUGGAGGAAAAGGAGGCACCUGAGCCAAGUGACAGAGAGAAAGCUGGGCUGAGCCGACCUCCUGAACAGCUGUGUGGGGAAAAGUAUUCCCCCAAAGAACUGCUGGCAUUGUUGAAGUGUGUGGAAGCAGAGAUCGCAAACUAUGAAGCCUGUCUCAAGGAGGAAGUGGAAAAGAGGAAAAAGUUUAAGAUUGAUGACCAGAGAAGAACCCACAAUUACGAUGAGUUCAUCUGCACGUUUAUUUCCAUGCUGGCUCAGGAAGGCAUGCUGGCCAACCUUGUGGAGCAGAAUAUCUCCGUCCGGCGACGACAGGGGGUCAGCAUCGGCCGGCUUCAUAAACAGAGAAAGCCUGACAGGCGGAAACGCUCUCGUCCUUACAAGGCCAAACGGCAGUGAGGGACCUCCCCACCCAGGGCCAGGCCUUCCAGGGUGUCAAGUACUCAUGUGUUCCCCUAAACAGAGGGCAUUCUGAGGGAUAAGCAGCCUUGAGCUGCCCCUGCUUGAUCUCCUCCCCCUUGGACCCAGUAUUACUGUACAGUUUAAAGUGGGAAUAUUCUUGUUCUCCAGUGGACAGGCGAAGGUUCCCGUGUGUCAGUCGCACUACAGAUCUCCUGCUGACCCUUUAGAAAUAAAGGGGACUUCUUGGUCACAUGGCUCUCAACCUCCUCUCAGCCCCUCCUUGCUGACCUGGGGAUCUGAAAUCAGUUGGCCUGUAGGCCUGCCCACCCCAGUUUUUGGGGGUGGGAUUUGGGCGGGUCAGCCAGAGAUUGCCGCAAAGUCAGUGCAGGGACCACUCAGGAAGCAGCAGCCGGAGUCAGUGUAGUGGGAACUCUGGACACUCUCUCCCCCUUUGUCAUCUGAGCCCGCCCACAGCUGGCUGUGGAUCAUCCGCCCUGAGGGGCACACAGACCCUACUGACAGCCAGGGCCCCGACUCCCUGCCUCCGUGACAGCAGAAUAUAUAUUUUAUAUAUCAGAAAUGUCUAUUUUUUUCUUGGUUCUGACUAAUCUUGCCACCAUUGUAUUGAAUACCACUGCCUCCUGCACAGCAGCCUUCUGGAUUUGGCUCUCCAUCCCUUGCCCUGGCUUCUUCCUCUUCCAUUCUCUCUGUGUGUCCUCCCUUAGACACUGCCUAGGGAGCUGGUGGACAAAGCUGGGACUUGAGAAUCACAACCACUUACCUCCUGGGGGGUAAUCCUACUCAGAUUCCCCUGUCCACCCCAGGCUCUGAGCCCAGCCCGGCCCCACAUAAGCACUCUCCUAGAGAGGUUGGGCCUGCACUUUUGCACAUCUGCUGUUGGAACU